AUGCCUCAAGAAGCAAAGUAUACAUGGGAUCAGGAGCUUAACGAGAUCAACAUCCGAUUUCCAAUGGUUGAGGGUGUGGAUAGUAGCUCAGUAAAGAUAAGCGUCGUUGGUAGGAAAGUACUUAUGAAGAUACAGGAAGACGUAAUAAUGGAUGGGGAAUUCCUGCACGAAGUAGACUCCUCCAGCCUAUGGUGGGUAGUUGAUGGAGAUACUGUUGAUAUAAAUAUAACAAAGAAAAGAAACGAGUGGUGGGACAGCUUACUAGUAGGGUCUGAAACUGUUGAUGUGCAGAAGCUGGCUGAGGACAAGCAUGCCGACAUAAGCAUGCUGGAUCCCGAGGCAAGGGAGGUUGUGGAGAAGAUGAUGCACAACACAGGCAAGAAGGACUCGAGCGAGUUGUGUGAUUAA